UCCGAGGCGACUCCACCACCAUUUCAAAGAAGAAACUGCACCGAAUGUGGCGUAUUUUACUAGAGUGAGUGUGAUUUAGUCCAAAAUGCUGCGAAGUAUAGUAGCAAGGACCGUUCUAGCCGCCCAGGUGGAGGCUAGAACAUUAACCGCGGCUAAAACUGCGGUUGUUUGUCCUGGGCACGAUAUAUGCUGGAAAAUGAAGAGUUCAAGAUGUGUGGAACAAGUGCGAGGUGUUCAGGCCGGGGCGACCACCUACAAGACUGACGACCGUAAGGAGAUGUUGGCCUCCAUGCCCAGGAGAGACGAGGGUACAGAAGGCGAGGCAGCAGUUAACAUAGACUCAGGCAUGAGAGGGUAUGAUGGCAUGUUUCCGGAUGAAAAUACUUCAGACUUAUUAUUUGAUGGGGUGCGCUUUGCGGACCUUCCUAUAAUACAUGCGAAGUUUUCAAAAAAUAACACCCUUCUGUGCCUUACUGAUGCUCAAGGUGUGGUUAAAAUUACUCGCUCUUGUGGUAUAGAAGGUUUCAAGAAUUCGCGAAAGAGCACAAACAUUGCUGCUCAGACUACAGCAAUCAGUUUGGCCAUGCGAGCACUAGAUAGAGGGAUCAAGAACGUGAGGGUUAAGGUGUACGGACUAGGAGCUGGUCGGAUGUCUGCAGUAAAGGGUUUGACGAUGGGUGGUAUGAACGUGGUGUCCCUCACAGACAGCACUCCAAUAAUGGAGACUGAUUCUCCACGCCCCAGGAAAGCAAAGAAGCUCUAGGCACCAUACUUGCUUGCAUCAUCUGAUAUUAUAUAUCUCGUGUUAUUGCAAUGUUGAUAAAUAGGCUUAUCUACCUAAUGUAAUUAAUUUGAGAAUUAAUUUCACCUUGUAUUUCAGGGUCAUUUUAAUUCAUAGGCUUCCUUUAUUAUACUAUGUUUAUAUGAAUAAAUGAUUAAUUAUUAUAA